UCACGAGAUUAACAGAUAUUAAAGACGGGAGAUUAAGCACAGUUCAGCGUUAUUAAGCUAAACUGUAAUCUGAUCAAACCAACACACACGAAAGAAGAAGAAAAAAAGGUAUCGGCGUGUUGACAAACCCGCGACAUCAGGAUGGAGUGGCAGCCGGACGAGCAGAGCCUCCAGCAGGUUCUCCUGCUGCUGAAAGACUCUCAGUCUCCAGACACGGCCACGCAGAGAGCGGUACAGGAGAAACUGGAGCAGCUCAAUCAGUAUCCUGACUUCAAUAAUUAUCUCAUCUUCGUCCUCACGAGUCUCAAGUCUGAAGAUGAGCCGACUCGCUCUCUCAGCGGUUUGAUCCUGAAGAACAAUGUGAAGGCUCACUAUCAGAGCUUCCCUCCCGCCGUGGCAGACUUCAUCAAGCAGGAGUGUCUCAACAACAUCGGAGACCAGUCGCCCCUCAUCCGCGCCACCAUCGGUAUUCUGAUCACCACCAUAGCAUCUAAAGGCGAGCUGCAGACAUGGCCUGAGCUUCUGCCUCAGCUCUGUAACCUGCUCAACUCUGAGGACUACAACACCUGCGAGGGCUCGUUCGGUGCUUUACAGAAGAUCUGUGAGGACUCGUCUGAGCUGUUGGACAGCGAUGCUCUCAAUCGUCCUCUCAACAUCAUGAUCCCCAAAUUCCUGCAGUUCUUCAAACACUGCAGCCCCAAGAUCAGGUCUCAUGCUAUAGCGUGUGUGAAUCAGUUCAUCAUCGGCCGAGCUCAGGCGCUGAUGGACAACAUCGACACCUUCAUAGAGUCCCUGUUCGUGCUGGCGGGUGACGAAGACUCGGAGGUGAGGAAGAACGUGUGCAGGGCGCUGGUGAUGCUGCUGGAGGUCCGUAUAGACCGCCUCAUCCCGCACAUGCACAGCAUCAUCCAGUACAUGCUCCAGCGUACACAGGACCCGGAUGAGAACGUGGCUCUGGAGGCGUGUGAGUUCUGGCUCACUCUGGCCGAACAGCCCAUCUGUAAAGAAGCCCUGUCAGGUCACCUGGUGCAACUUAUCCCCAUCCUGGUGAACGGGAUGAAGUACUCUGAGAUCGACAUCAUCCUGUUGAAGGGUGAUGUGGAGGAGGACGAUACGAUCCCGGACAGCGAGCAGGACAUAAAGCCGCGCUUCCAUAAGUCUCGCACUGUCACGCUGCAGCAUGAAGGAGGAGAAGGACAGGAGGAUGAGGACAUCGAUGAAGAUGAGGACGAUGAUGACGACACACUGUCUGACUGGAACCUGCGUAAGUGCUCAGCAGCGGCGCUGGAUGUCCUGGCUAACGUGUUCCGUGACGAGCUGCUGCCCCACCUGCUGCCUCUGUUAAAGGGGCUCCUCUUCCACCCGGACUGGGUCAUCAAGGAGUCGGGAAUUCUUGUGCUGGGAGCCAUUGCUGAGGGCUGUAUGCAGGGCAUGAUUCCGUACCUGCCUGAGCUGAUCCCUCACCUGAUCCAGUGUCUGUGUGAUAAGAAGGCUCUGGUUCGCUCCAUCGCCUGCUGGACGCUGAGCCGGUACGCCCACUGGGUGGUGAGCCAGCCGCCCGACGCCCACCUCAAACCCCUCAUGACGGAGCUGCUCAAGCGCAUCCUCGACGGCAACAAGAGGGUGCAGGAGGCCGCAUGCAGUGCGUUCGCCACCCUGGAGGAGGAGGCAUGCACCGAGCUCGUCCCCUACCUCAGCUUCAUUCUGGACACUCUGGUUUUUGCCUUUGGAAAAUACCAGCACAAGAACCUGCUCAUCCUGUACGACGCCAUCGGAACCCUCGCUGACUCUGUGGGACAUCACCUCAACCAGCCGGAGUACAUUCAGAAGCUGAUGCCUCCUCUGAUUCAGAAAUGGAACGAGCUGAAGGACGAGGAUAAAGACCUGUUCCCCCUGCUGGAGUGUUUGUCAUCGGUUGCGACGGCGCUGCAGAGCGGCUUCCUGCCCUACUGUGAGCCUGUGUAUCAGCGCUGUGUCACACUGGUGCAGAAAACCCUCGCUCAGGCUAUGAUGUACAGCCAGCAGCCGGAUCAGUACGAGGCUCCCGAUAAGGACUUCAUGAUCGUGGCACUGGAUCUGCUCAGCGGAUUGGCCGAGGGUCUCGGAGGUCACGUUGAUCAGCUGGUUGCCCGUAGCAACAUCAUGACGCUUCUCUUCCAGUGCAUGCAGGACACGAUGCCGGAGGUGAGACAGAGCUCAUUUGCUCUGCUCGGUGAUCUGACCAAAGCCUGCUUUCCUCAUGUGAAACCCUGCAUUGCUGAGUUCAUGCCAAUUUUGGGGACGAACCUGAAUCCCGAGUUUAUCUCCGUGUGUAAUAACGCCACGUGGGCCAUUGGGGAGAUCUGCAUGCAGAUGGGGGUGGAGAUGCAGCCAUACGUGGCUCUGGUCCUUCCUCACCUGGUGGAGAUCAUUAAUAGACCCAACACUCCCAAAACUCUGCUGGAGAACACUGCUAUCACAAUUGGUCGGCUGGGUUACGUGUGUCCACAGGAAGUGGCUCCGAUGCUGCAGCAGUUCAUUCGGCCCUGGUGCACGUCACUGAGGAACAUCCGAGAUAACGAGGAGAAAGACUCUGCCUUCAGGGGCAUCUGUGUGAUGAUUGGUGUAAAUCCUGGAGGUGUGGUGCAGGAUUUUAUCUUCUUCUGUGAUGCCGUGGCCUCCUGGGUCAAUCCCAAAGAAGACCUCAGAGAAAUGUUCUACAAGAUCCUGCAUGGUUUUAAGGACCAGGUCGGGGAGGAGAACUGGCAGCAGUUCUCGGAGCAGUUCCCUCCCAUCCUGAAGGAGCGUCUCUCCGCAUGCUACGGCGUGUAGAACCCACCCUACACACGCACAGCACGAUCACGCGCUGUCAGUUGAAUCUUUAGGAGGGUUACCGGGGGGAAACUCAUCCAUCUGUGUAUUGCACUGCCCUGAUCGUGGGGGAGAGGGACGCGAUUGGCCGCUCCGCCUGACGGACAGCCCCCACGACCCUGUGUGUGUCUCCAUGAGGGUGGGUGGGAGGGAGGGAGGGGGGAGGGGAACUCCUCUAGUUAACUACAGAAUGCACCCAAUCGCAGGGGGGGUAGACCUAAACACAACGUUAGGGAAACGAAAGAACGAUUGAGUAAACCGAGGGUGGAUGUAACGAGCGAGGGAGGGAGGGGGAGGUAGUACGUUUAAAAAUAAAUAAAUAAAUAAAUAAAUAAAUAAAUGAGCGCAGCGAGGCUAACCGAUGUAUUAAUAAGACGAGGGGAGGCACUAGACAGCGAUCCGUGAGGUCUUUUUUUUUUUUUUUAAAAACUCGAAUCAUGAUAAAAUCCCGUUAGAGGCGAACCGCGACGCCGAACGCGGCUUUGCUACGAACGGGAACGUUUAAUCAGGCUUUAACACAGAGGCUAGCGUUUUAUCAUUAUGAGUAAAAUAAAUAAAUAAACGAAAACCAGGCGAAUAGAACAAUGCACAAUUCCUGCUUUUCCAUGACGCAUCGCAGUCGCCGGUUUCUUCUUCUGCUUCGCUGCGUCGCUGGUUUCUCCUCUCAAUACCCGCUGAAAUUUCACACACUUCUGAGAGUCCAGACAGGCCGUGCACUGACCGCUGUUUUAUUAUUAUUACUAUUAUUAUUAUUGUUAUUAUUAUUAUUAUUUUCCGUUCCUGUUCCUUUUAAAGAUCACGACUUUUCUCCGGAUAUCAAGCCGAAAUGUUUUCCCGAUUCCUAUUUUUUUUUUUAUGAAGUUUUUUCUUUUUCCCGUAGAGAUGAAACUUUUCUUCUUAAGAUCGCAAACUCUGCUUAAGAUCGCUUUGUCGUUAGCGUUAGCUAGCUAGUUCGCGUAGUUUCUCGAGGGGUUCCUUUCACGACGUUUAGGCGACGCCCAACGACCCGGUAUUAUAAAAUAUAAUCUGUAAUCUUCUCAUAUCUGUGUCUCGCUAAUUCGAAUUUUUUUUUUUUUUUAAAUUAGCGAACUUUCUAGCCCCUCCCCCUCUCAUACGCCACUGUUAAACGAUUGUUGCCGUGACUACAUCUCUCUGAUCUCCUGCCAGUCGGAAUGAAAACGUCUCCACGCAGUUAGCCUGUAACGAGUUCUUUACUCUUUACUACCGUGUCGUGUAAUCGCGACGCUGAAGCGUAAAUAUUGGCGCACCCCAAAUUAUCAUUUAGGGUAACGAACAGAUUGAGGAGCAUCGAUUUCGAUUCUUUUUUGUUUUUUUUAUUUUUUAUGAAACUUUUUUUUUUUUUUUGGACAGGGUCGACAUUCGAGGCGUCCCGGUGUCAAACUAACGGAAAAGGCCCGUUUUUUUUUUUUUGUUUUUUUUUUUCUUCUUUCCUCGCUGCUAUCUCACGAUUUCUGACGAUCCAACGUGUCUCCGGUUCGUUGCCUCGACAAAUCACGAGAACGCGACGUCGUGACCUCGAGAAAACAGGACGGGAAAAUCGAUCGAUCGAUCAAUAAAUGAAUGAAUGAAUGAAUGAAUGAACAGAUAACGGCUGGCCUCUGUGGACUUGCGUAAAGACGUGCUGUAGCUGGUCAGUAAUUGUUUCUCGCGCUCAUCGUUUUUGUUUUUUUGUGAAACACGUCACCGUUCGAACAUUUAGUCGAAAUCCAGUGUAGAAUGAAAUGGAGAUGAUUUAGCUUUCUGAUCAUGAUGUGUGUGUGUGUGUGUGUGUGUGUGUGUGUAUGGUUGUAAGUGCAAGUUUAUUUUGUUUUCACGUUUGUGUGUGUGUGUGUGUUGCAUUAAUAUGUUUAAUGUUUUAAGGUACAUUAUUACACUUGAUUCCUGGACCCCUAUUGACCUGUAAACUGUGACCAAUGUGUGUGUGUGUGUGUGUGUGUGUGUGUGUGUGUGUGUGUGUGUGUGUGUGUGUGUGUGUGUUCAGAGCGUGGGGGCGGAGUUUGCUUGCUUUCAAGACGUGUGUGUGUGUGUGUGUGUGUGUGUGUGUGUGUGUGUACCUGAGAGAAAGUAUUUGUACUGAUAACUAUCGAUGCCAUAUUGAUAUUUGAUAUGUAGUGAGUUAAUCCUCAUGCAGCACCACGCCUAUCAAAUAUACUCCUACAAGACGAGUUUCUUUUUUUGUUUUUUUUAAUUAAUUUUUUAUUUUGCUGCUACUGCUGUUUGUUUUUUGUUGUUGUUGUUUUUUUUUUGUUUUGUUUAAAUUAUGAACCUCGUAUAAAUGAUUGAGAAGCAUAUCGUUAAGACAUAUCCACGAUCAGAAGAGGAGGAGGAGGAGGAGGAGGAGGAGGAGGAGGAAAACCCCACCACGUUUUACAUCACGACGAUCUUAUUAUGCACUUUUUUUCCCCCCACACUUUUUUUAAUUUUUUUUUUAAUUUUAUUUAUUUUUAUUAUUAUUAUUUUUUAUUUUGUUUUUUGUAUUAGAAUCUAAUGCCUACAGAUUUACUGAUUAAAUACAGCUGGUGGACUCAU